AUGGCGCCAUCCUUCGAGCAUCUCGACCCGGAAACGGAGUUUGACGAUGACGAUGAAGAAAUUGACUUUUCCGACCUACGAGAGCAAUAUGAGACACAAAUGGAGGAGGGUUUGGACACAUUCAUCGUGAUUGAUGGCCUGCCCAAGGUGCCCGCCGAUAGCAAGGGCAAGCUGGUCAAGUUCUUGUUGCGCAGCUUGACCAAGCAGGGCAAGACCAAGGAGGAGAAUGUUUUCAUGCCGCUGAACGAGGAGACUGGCAACACCGAUGGCUACGCUUUUGUCGAAUACGAAACUCCCGCCCAGGCCGCCGCCGCCGUCAAGGCCCUGCACGCAACUCCUCUUGACAAGAAGCACACCAUGUCCGUCAACAAGCUGACGGAUAUUGAACGCUAUGGACGUGAGGGCAAAAUCGACGAGACCUACAACCCACCCAAGAUUGACGAAUUCGAGGAGAAGGAACAUCUCCGCUGGUGGCUUGGAGAUGAGGACGGCCGCGAUCAGUUCGUCAUGUACCGUGGUGAUAACGUUGGCGUCUUCUGGAACGAACGCGAUGGCCAGCCUGAUCAAGUUGUGGACCGACAACAUUGGACCGAGUCUUUCGUGCAGUGGUCGCCCAAGGGUACAUAUCUCACAUCUAUGCAUGCGCAGGGUGUGCAGCUGUGGGGAGGCGAGAAGUGGUCGCGACAGAAGCGUUUCAUGCACCCGGGCGUCAACCUCGUGGACUUCUCCCCCGACGAGCGCUACAUCACUACCUGGUCGCACAGACCCAUGCAGGUCGAUGAGGGCAACCCCAUCCUCUCAAUCGAAGAGGACGGCAAGAACUACAUCAUCUGGGACGUCGCCACUGGCAAGCCUCUCCGUUCAUUCGUUACCCUCGAUGCGCCUGGCCCAUCCGUCGACGUCGAAGGCAACCCGAUCAAAAAGAAGAUUCAAUGGCCGGCAUUCAAGUGGUCAGCGGAUGCCAAAUACGUCGCGCGCAUGAAUCAGGGUCAAAGCAUCAGCGUCUACGAACUUCCUCGCAUGAACCUCCUCGAUAAGACUAGCAUCAAGAUUGAGGGCGUCGUCGACUUUGAGUGGUCACCAGCCACCUGCCAGCGCGAGGGCAUCAAGGACUACGAGCAGCUCUUCUGCUACUGGACUCCCGAGAUUGGAUCCAACCCGGCAAAGGUUGGUUUGAUGACUGUCCCCACAAAGGAAGUUGUGCGCACACGGAAUCUUUUCAACGUCAGCGAUGCCAAGUUACACUGGCAGUCCGAGGGAGCAUACGUCUGUGUCAAGGUCGAUAGACAUAGCAAAUCGAAGAAGUCGCUCGCCACUAACCUGGAAAUCUUCCGCAUCAAGGAGAAGGGUGUUCCUGUUGAGGUUGUCGACAACUUGAAGGAGACGGUGAUCAACUUUGCCUGGGAACCCAAGGGUGCUCGUUUUGUCCUGAUCACCACCGGUGAAAUUCCAGCUGGUUCCGCGGUUCCUCCAAAGACAUCUGUCUCCUUCUUCGCGCCGGAGAAGGUUCCCAAGGGCGUCGGUAACUUCAAGCUCAUCCGCACCAUCGACAAGAAGAACAACAACGCGAUUCACUGGGCUCCCAAUGGUCGCUUUGUCGUUGUUGCCACUGUCCUCAGCCAACAGAGCUUCGAUUUGGACUUUUGGGAUUUCGACUUUGAGGGCACUCCAGACGAUCCGAAUGAGGAGAAGCUCACAGCACACCUUCAGCUCAUGAAUACUGCGGAUCAUUAUGGUGUGACUGACAUUGAGUGGGAUCCCAGCGGUCGAUUCGUCGCAACCAGUGCUAGUGUGUGGAAGCACAGAAUGGAAAACGGAUACCACCUCUACAACUUCUCCGGACAGCUCCUCCGCGAGGAGCCUACGGAGCAAUUCAAGCAAUUCACCUGGCGCCCACGUCCCGAGCGUUUCCUCAGCAAAGAGGAGAUGAAGACGAUCCGCAAGAACCUCAAGGAGUACGCCAAGCAAUUCGAAGAGCUCGACAAUGCCAAGCGCAGCACAGCCGACAAGGCCAUCAUCGAGGAGCGGAGACAGAAACUCGACGAGUGGCUAGCAUGGCGCGAUCGGACGAGCCUGCAGCUCAUCGAGGAGAGAGACGAUGCAGGCUUGGAGGAGCUUUCAGAGGAGAGACAGGCGUUGGUCAUCUCCGAGGAGGAGGGCGAUGGCGAUGGAGCAAAGGUUGUGGAGGAGAUCUUCGAGGAGAUUUUGGAGGAGACCGAGGAGAUUAUCGAGUAA